CCCCUUUUUUUCAUUUUUCUUUCUUUUUCUUUUUUUAUCUAUUUCAACAACAACUGUAUCAUCGCUCAAUGGCGGAUAGUAGCAACCAUCAAAGAAGUAAACAACUAUCACUUAUUCACCAUGGACUAAGUACCAUUAAAACUAUGCAUCAGCUGAAUAAUCAACCGCGAGAAAAUUAUUAUCAAAGGGAUAAAAAUGUACCACAUCAAAGAGAUCCUUCAGUAUCUUCAACAUUUACAGAUAAUAUCAGUAUUUUAUCGACCUUUGAGGACCUAAGAGGCCAUAGGCAAAGGCGCAGGUCGUCCCUUUCAGACUAUAAAGAAUCUGCCCGAAUAUUAAAUAAAUCCCAAUUCGAUUCAACUGAAGAGCAGCAGCUUCAUGUUUAUCCUUCUAUAUUUUUAAACGCCCCAAGUGAUGCUAAACAUGGUAACACUGAUAAGAAUGACGAAAACCUAGGUCACUAUAGCAAGUUUUUUGGUUGCACAUCAGUUCCCAUAGAAGCAGACUGUGAGUUGGAUGACUAUUUUACCCUUUGUCAAAGUGCGCCUUCCACCAGUUACUUUUCUUCACACCAUCAACAUCGCUAUCAUUUUAUGGAUCAAGUUGACAUAUCUCGGUUAACCAAGGUACAAAGGUGGUCUAUUCCAUUUGAACCAGAAUGGUGUGAUUGGAGAAAAGAUCAAACUAUUUUUCAUGCAGAUAACGACACUUGUUUUACAGCCUACACUUUCCCUGCCGAAGAAGAUUCACUUAAGAAUCAACAGCAACAGCAACAGGAAUCCCUCAGAACACCUUCUUACAGCUCUUCAUCCUUUGCUAGCCACUCAAUCAAGCACAAUUCCAAUUUUACUGAAACCUUUCUAGAUAAACGAAAAAGCGUAAAUGCCGCAAACAUUUACCCAGGCAAUGCUACAAAAUUUAAAAUUCAGUCAGCAAAACAAGCAUGCAGCUUGGAGCUGCGAAGAAUCAUUGAUGGCUUGAAUGAGUAUGUCGAGCAUGAUCUGGUGACUAUCAAACAAGGCAUCGUUGACGAACGUAUCACGCUGUCAAGUGAUACGAAUCAAACUGUAGCACCUUCUGAAGACAUUUACCAUCCCACUCCCUUCAUAGUAACUUUGCAGGAUCUCAUUGGUUAUGCACAGUAUGCUUUGGACACAGACCUGGACGUAUUUUUGGAAAACAGGCAUCUUUGCGCUGAGCUUGUUUCCAAGAUACAAGUAAUUGGAAAACAGUGGGAAGUCAAUAAGGAUUGGCCGUGCAGAGAAUGGCAUGUCAGGCUGCUACUGUCCAUCGCUGCACUCAAUCGUGUGAUCGAGUGGUGGCAGGCUGAACAAGGGCUAAGCACGAGCCCUCUGUUGAAGCCUGUGCCAACUCAGGAGGAUGUUAUACAAUGUCAACUUCAGGAAGAAGCCAGAGUAGGACAAAGCAGUACAAUUGUCAUGGAACUGUCACUCUCCUCACCUACUGUUCAGUACCUUAGUCAAGUAUGGCAUGAUGUAAUAGGCACUGAGCCCCAAUCCAUGAUUGGCUUAAACAUGUCGCAGCUGUUACUGGCAGAAGACAGGAAUGUAUUUACAGUAGCCACGAAUGAAAUGCUGACCGAUAACACAAAAACUGCCGAAGUGACAUUUCGUGUGAUUACAAAUGACAAUAAGAAACCUAUUCAAAUGGAAGGCAAGGGGAUGCUCAUGCGUAAUCGAGUCACGGGAGAAGCGAGCCAUACGAUGUGGGUCAUCAAACCAAAAGAGCCGUCGCUUCAUCUGCCUACUGAAAAAGAGGACUCUUUAUUACCGGCCAAAAUGAAAAGGGAAGUGUUUUUAUCCUCUUCCUCUUUAUCAGGCCAGCGCUCUUGUUUUGAAUCCCUAAUGAAUCUUCCACCUGAAUUGUGUCGUAUAUGCGAAAAAUGGAUCGUUGCUGCCUUUUUCGAGCAGCAUUCGGAGCUCUGUGUAGAAAUCCACCGAGCCGAGAUGGAUGUUGUACAUUGUGAUGAUAGCUUAGCGGAGCUUCGACAGUACGUCCAGAGCCUACGCGAUGUCACAGUGAAUGAGCUUCACGAUCUGGAAAAUCAAACUGUUAUCUCCAUAGACAAUUCUCUAAACGAAAUCAUGUUUGAUGAUCUUGGUCAUAUUGAUCAAAAGAAGGCUGAAAUUGAGAAAUAUGAAUCGCUAUUGGACAUAAUGAACGUUGCCAUCUCUUUAAAAACUCCUUCGGAUCAAUCGGAUGAAGGGCUCUUUGUUAUCAAAUCAAAAACAAUUGAAAUUCUCUACUGGACACCUCCUCUGACAGAUGAUUCAGACAUACAGUCCCUUAUAGUCGAUAUCCAAUCCAUCAUUCAAGCCAAGGUAGAUGCUGUCAAUCGCAUGCAGGACCGCUUAGACUACAAUGAGCGUAUAAAAAAAAACUUUCAGCAACAAGUCAUACACAAUGAGAACUGGUCUGAAUUUGUGGCUCAAGAAAACGAAAAUGUUCACUAUACCACAAAAGAAUCAACGGAUAAAAGUUCCGUCAAGAAAGCAUGUUCAACCACUGAGCCUCUCACUGCAACUGGCGAGAAGCCAAAGGAGGGUGGACAAAAUUUGAAAAAGAGUAUCUUCAAGAAAAUCAGAGAAUGGAAAUCAAAAGGCAAACGUAGCAAAAUUUCUCCAAAAUCAUCCAACAUCUCUCAAGACAAUACUAUUCGAUCAAUGGAUCUAGUCGCGACUGAAUUUAUUGACACGCCUCUGGCCUCACCCAAGUCCUUUGGCGAUCAACAGAUGUCAAGAAAGGGCAGUUUACCUCAUAGAAUUCAACAGCAGGAAGCAGGAAAAUCACCGUGCUCUCCUUUACCUGCCCCUAUCGCCGGAAGCAGAUCUACACCUCCUAGCAUCAAGGAUUAUGAGAUAAUCAAGCCAAUCAGCAAGGGCGCCUUUGGUUCUGUCUUUCUGGCUAAAAAGAGAAUUACUGGAGAUUAUUAUGCAAUAAAAUUCCUCAAGAAGUCGGAUAUGAUUGCAAAGAAUCAAGUAACCAACGUCAAGGCCGAAAGAAUGAUCAUGAUAGCACAGACAGAUAGUCCAUAUGUGGCCAAGCUAUAUUAUACUUUUCAGUCAAAAGAUUACCUGUACCUGGUCAUGGAGUAUUUGAAUGGCGGUGAUUGUUCUUCGCUGAUCAAGGUCAUGGGCAGCUUACCCUAUGAUUGGGCCCGCAACUAUUUAGCCGAAGUUACCUUGGGGCUUUCUUAUUUACACAGUAAAAACAUCAUUCACAGGGAUUUGAAGCCAGAUAAUUUACUCAUUGAUCAAAAUGGACAUUUAAAAUUGACUGACUUUGGUUUGUCUCGUGUUGGCUUCUUGGACCGUCGGGUUAGAGACGAACUUCAUAAUGGCCCUUUGACCUUUUGCUCACCUUCACAGUCUCAUUGUGGGACUCCUCCUAGAUCACCUUCAGUUUCGUCCGCUUCUCCUUCUGGUGCAUUUUACAAGAACACUUACUUCAACUUUUUAUUUGAUCAAGACCGACACCGACGUGGGUCACUUGCCAGUUCAACCUCAGGGGGAGAACCCAGCAGCCUGACAUCUAUCAAUCCGUUCCUACAUGACGCCUCUAGCAAUAUUAGUGAUGAUGGAUUUGGUGUAAAGCUCCAUCGACAGCGAACUAAUUCGGGCUUACUUUCUGGACGAACAACACCUGGACUUUUUCCUAUAGAUGGAGAAAAGCAGGAAGGUAUGGUCGGCACACCCGAUUAUUUGGCGCCAGAAAGCAUUCUGGGCACGAGCCAGGACUCCAUGGUCGAUUGGUGGGCUCUUGGCGUGAUUUGCUAUGAAUUCCUGUUUGGAUAUCCACCUUUCCAUGCAGAAACACCAGACAAGGUAUUUGAAAACAUUUUGUCAGGCACCAUUGAUUGGCACGAAGACGAGAUCAGCAUUCCCCCUGAAGCACGCGAUUUUAUCGAGCGACUGCUCACACCAGAUCCUAACCAGCGACUUGGUCGAAAUGGCGCAGAUGAAGUACGCAACCAUCCGUUUUUCAAGGGACUCGAUUGGGACAAUCUGUUAUCAGAAGUACCCUCAUUUAUACCACAACCUCUAAGCGAAGAAGACACGGAUUAUUUUGAUUUAAGAGGAGCCUCGAUGCUCAUGCCUGAGGACGUCGAGCAUCUUGUAUUGGAAGAGGUGAAACGAGCGAAAGCUAUUAUUGUAGAGCAGAAUCCGGAAAAGACUAGCCUGAUCAAUCAGCAGGAAGACGAGGAAGGGCGCCCGCAUAUUACAAACGAUGCUGAUUUUGGAACAUUUGUUUACAAGAACUUACCACUUUUAGAGAAAGCAAACGAAGAAGCAAUCAAAAAGAUUAGAAGCGAAAGUGUUGCGGCGGCAGCUACAGAUAAUUUGAAACUGCCACUAGAUGCAAAGAGACACUCAAUCAUAGACGCUCUUGAAUCACAAAACAUAUCGAUCUCUUUACCCAACACCCCGCCACUCACAAUGUCACCCUCUAUCUCUUCAAGGCCAUCUAUAUCACUACGUCGAUCAGCAGAUGUGUCUAAUCCACAGCUAGAAAAAGUAAAAAUGACAUCUGUAGAAGAUCAUGGCUUUACUUUAAAGCGGACGCGAUCCGUCUCGUUUUCUAACAGGACAUUUGGACAUCAACCGCAUGAUGAACCUCUAGAUCAUGGAAGUGGCAUGAUAUCUUUAUUGCCUACAUCAAGGCACCCUCUUGAUUGUGAUCAUGAUACAGAUUAUAAAGAAACCAGACCAUUCGACUGUCUUAUCGCGGACGAUAAUCCAAUAAGCUGCAAAAUACUAGAGACCAUACUCAAAUCUCUGCAUUGUCGGUGUGUUGUUGCUCGGAAUGGUGCACAGGCAAUUCGAUAUGCUAUGGGCGACAAGGUGGUAUUUGAUUUUAUCUUUAUGGAUAUACGGAUGCCAAUAAUUGACGGUGAAGCCUCAGCGCGAAUGAUCAAAUCUACCAAUAAUAUCAAUCGAAACACACCCAUUAUUGCAUUCACAGCUUAUGAACGAACAUUUCAUUUGACAAAAAUAUUUGACGACGUCCUUAGUAAACCAGUAACGAGAGAAUCUGUCAUACGAUGUAUCAAACAAUUCAAUGAUCUACCGCUUACUAAUAAUGUCAACCACCAAAUCGGUAUGCACUGGUCUUAUUCAUCACCCACUCUAGAGACACCGCCCUUCAUCCAUACACCGCAGGAAAUACUAUCACCGCCCGUUGUAAAAGAAAAGAAUCAUAUACCACAUCCCAUUUUGACUUCACAGCUUAUAUCAGCGCAUGAAGCCAAACAAGAAGACGCAUAGAUCAAUAUAUUUAAUAUUUUAUAGAAAUUAAAGGCACACUUGAUGAGUCAAUCUCGUUCAUAUUAUUUAUUCUCAGCCUUUAUCAUUUAUCAAACAACAUCGGCCUUAUUUCCUUCCAACCGUACAACCUGUUCAUUUUAUUAUGAAUCUGAUCGA